AUGCCCAAAAGAGAGUACCAACCCGAAAAGUCUUCCAAAUCCACAACUACUCAACUCCUUUUCAGCCCCCAGCAGAUCCUCCUAGCUUCCAUGACACAACACUACCCGGAGAUCAAGGCAAUCAAAGCAAAUCUACAAGCGGUGGUGGGUGUGGGCAUGGUUGUGGGUAAGGACGGGGAGGGGGACGAGGAGGGCAGGUCUCUGUAG